AUGGAGAAGGUUAAGAACAUUAUGGAAUGGUUGAAAAUCGCUCAGAGUCAUCAAAAGUCUUAUUUGGAUGUGCGUCGCAAGGAUUUGGAGUUUAAAGAGGAUGAUUGGGUUUUCUUAAAGGUUUUCCCCAUGAAGGAGAUGUCUUUAGUGGACCCGGUGUUUCACGUAUCCAUGUUGAAGAAGGUGGUUGGAGAUCUGUUGCUUAUUAUUCCAGUUGAGAAUAUUGAGGUUAACAAAGAAUUGACUUAUGACAAAAUUUCAAUUGCUAUUCUUGAUAGUCAAGUUUGUAAGCUGAGAAAUAAAGAAAUUGCCUCCGUGAAAGUACUAUGGUGA